AUGCAAAAAAAAAACUUGAGUGUUGACAGCAAGGUGACAUCGGCAACUGACCUGAAAACAAGUCGCAGUAAUUUAGCAAAUCCACUGAGCAGGAUAUCUGCGCGCAGUUAUGCACAGUCAAUUAGUCGACUGUCGCAGACAGCACAAAUCCAGGGUGCCCAGUCUCUGUUAUCUGUUGCGAGCAGCGUUAAUCCUAAGGAAUUCGUCAGGCCUAUGAAUCGACGCGAUAUCUUUUACUCAGGCUCAAUUCGUAAUCUUCCUGAAUUCAGAUCUGCAGAUGGUAGUUACCAGUCGUACAGAGAAUCACAAAUUUCAAUACCAGCAGCAGUUGCUGCACAGGCAGUCUCGAGUGUGUCGCAAGUGGAAGAUUUGAUUGAAACGCAGGGAAAACUUGGUGAAAGUCAUGAUGAAACUGCAUAUGGUGGAGCCGAUCUGGAUGCCGAACUGCUUGGACUUUACGAUGACAGCAAGUGCAAGUGGCUUCCAGCAACGAUCCGUAAUGCACUCAGCGAAAUGAUCGAUAUUUCGCUUUUAAAGGAGCCAGCAAUGUUCUUGCUGUGCGUAUCGAAUUUAUUUGGAAUGCUGGGCUUUUACAUACCUUUCAUGUUUCUCAUUGACAUGGCUGUUGCAAAGGGACAUUCCAGAGCCAAUGGAUCAUUGCUGCUGUCCAUCAUUGGUAUAACCAAUACUUUUGGUUGGUUAUUAUCCUCCUUGACGUGUGUCUGUUUUUGA